AUGUUGCAAGUGAGGAAGGUCAGAAGGUCAGGGUCCUUUCCCUGCCCCGCAGGGCUGUCACAUCCGCUCCUCUUAUCCCCAGGUCUGGAGCCUGGCUCUGUGGUCAUCACCCGGCAGGCUGUGGACGCCUGCUUUAAGCCGGAGUUUGAGCAGAUCAUCCUGGGCAAGCGGGUGGUCCGCAGCACUGACCUGGACGAGGGGCUGGUGCAGGAGCUGCUGCGCUGCUCUGGGGACCUCAGCGAGUUCGCCACGGUGGUGGGCAACACCAUGUGCACCCUGGACUUCUACGAGGGCCAAGGCCGUCUGGAUGGCGCCCUCUGCUCCUACACAGAGAAGGACAAGCAGGACUACCUGCGGGCUGCGCACGCCGCGGGCAUCCGCAACAUCGAGAUGGAGUCCUCCGUCUUCGCUGCCAUGUGCAGCGCCUGUGGCCUCCGAGCGGCCGUGGUGUGUGUCACCCUCCUGGACCGGCUGAAAGGGGACCAGAUUAGCAGCCCGCACGAGGUGCUAGCCGAGUACCAGCAGCGGCCGCAGCGCCUGGUGGGCCACUUCAUCGGGAAGAGUCUGGGGCGGGCCUGAGUGCCCCUCGCCACUCUCGGUCCCGGCCACCCAGGUCCCCGCCCAUGACACUGCCGUCCAGGUCCCCUUGGCGUCCCCCGGAGCACACUGCACGUGAGGAUCUGGGGAACAGUUUGCAGUUCAGAGGAGAGGAAUCCUCGCCGAUCACCCACACGGGACGUCAGCAUUAGCACGUUUCAGUGACUUUAUCUUGCUUUCCAGAUUUUUUUAUUUUUUUCAGAACUUUGGGCUGAAUCUGAACUCUUGUUAGGGAAAGAUGUGAGGAUUUUAAAAUUUGAUACAAUUCAUGUGAAUAAAGAGGGAAUU